AUGAACGUAGAGAUGAACAAAAAUAAGGUUCUGCAAUUAGAACUAAACCAUUUAAAGGAAACGAAUGAUCAACUAUUAUCGACAAUUGAAAAGCUUAAAUACCAAAGUUAUGGUGGAAGACGGAGCUACAAUGGUCUAAGCCAAAGUAUUGCACCAAAAUCCAGGUCAACGGUAAUGUCUAAGAACUCAUUAUUAGUUGACGUCGUUGGCUCUGUCGUUGAUCGAGUGGCUUCCCCGAAAAUUCCCAGGAAGACAGCAAGACCUGAACUAGUUCACGGCGAGUCCGAAAUCAGUGAUCACACCAAAGACCUCCAAAAGAAUCUGAUUAUUCAGGUACAUGAGGAUGUGAUUAAUAAACCAAACAUGUUGGUAAACGAUAAAACGGAAUCAUUCAACUCAUGCGGUAAAUCAAGAGAUUUGUAUUCUGGGAUUACUGAACUGAUGAAGGAAAAAGAUUUAUUGGACGAAUUCGAUGAAAACAUUAUGCGGCAGAUUGAACCCGAUGAGGCUGAAAAUCCUUUUUCAGUGUCCAAUAUUUAUGGAAUGAAAUCAAGAAGGAAGCAUCAAUCGGUGACCAACUUAAAAAACAAUUAUGAAGAUUUAAUAAAUGCCAGAGAAGAUGACUUGCAGAAAGACAAUUCCUUCCCAGAUGAAGGUGAUAUGACGAGCAGUACAUCAUCUGUUAGUGACGCUGAUUAUUAG